AUAUAUUACAAAAAAACAAUAAAUUCGAAAAAAAGGAAAAACUAGGGUUCAGUACUUCAGCACCUCCGUGGCGGCGUCUUUAUAAAUUCCAAACCCUACAUAUUCUUCUUGUUUUACUCCAUCUCCUCACGCCUCUGCCUCCGCCGGUUUAGCAGCUCAACUUGUAAGAUGGUGAGAGUCAGUGUUUUGAAUGAUGCCUUGAAGAGCAUGUAUAAUGCUGAGAAGAGGGGGAAACGGCAGGUCAUGAUCAGGCCUUCGUCGAAAGUGAUUGUCAAGUUUCUUCUGGUUAUGCAGAAGCACGGAUACAUUGGUGAGUUUGAGUUUGUCGAUGACCACAGAUCCGGCAAAAUCGUUGUUGAGCUGAACGGAAGGCUCAACAAGUGUGGUGUCAUCAGUCCCCGUUUUGAUGUUGGUGUCAAGGAAAUUGAGCCCUGGACUGCAAGACUUCUUCCAUCUAGACAGUUUGGUUACAUCGUGCUGACAACAUCUGCUGGAAUCAUGGAUCACGAAGAGGCCCGCAGGAAGAACGUUGGAGGAAAGGUUCUUGGGUUCUUUUACUAGAGAUGUUGUGUUGCUUUUUGGUUCAUUUUCAAUUUAGUGGAUGAGAAUUUUCUGUUAAAGUUUCAUCAGGCGUGACGUUUAUCUUCUUUAAGUUGUUGAUGUUAUUACAUGAAGAUUAUAUUUGUUAGGAAUGCUAGAGAUGCAUCUUUGUUAUGGACAAAUUCCUUUGUUUUGACAGAAAAAUAGAGCCCAAAUUAUGUUUUAA